AUGAAAGAAAACGAUCAAACUCUUGUACAUUCUCUUCUUCAAAAAGGCCUGGAUGUAACCGAAGAAUUCAAAGAAAACAUUUGCAAAAUCAAAUGCGAUGUUGUAAUAGUCGGCUCUGGUUGUGGUGGUGGUGUUGCAGCUGCCAUUCUCGCAAAAUCCGGCAAGAAAGUUGUGGUUCUUGAAAAAGGAAACUACUUUACUCAAAAAGAUUAUUCAAAACUCGAAGGACCUUCACUGGAUCAACUCUAUGAAUCUGGAGGAAUACUUCCUACCCUUGAUGGUAAAAUAAUGAUUCAAGCAGGAGCCACAGUAGGUGGUGGCUCAGCAGUCAACUGGUCAGCUUGCAUUAGAACACCACAACCUGUGCUUCAAGAAUGGGCAGAAGAAGAAAAUAUGAAGUUAUACGAAAGCCAUGAGUAUAUGUCUGCAAUGAACAAAGUGUGUGAAAGAAUCGGUGUUACUAAAAAAUGCACAAGAGAAGGGUUCCAGAAUCAGGUUCUUCGUAAAGGGUGUCAGAAUCUUGGUCUAAAAGUUGAAGCUGUCCCACAAAACACAUCAAAGAAUCAUUACUGUGGUUCUUGUUGUUAUGGUUGCAGAUCAGGGGAUAAAAAGGGAACCGAUUCCACAUGGUUGGUUGACGCAGUUGAUCAUGGGGCUGUGAUCAUAACCGGAUGUAAAGCAAAGAAAUUUAUCUUAACAAGAAACAAAGGAAAGAAAAAAAGAAAGAAGUGUGUAGGAGUAAUUGCUCAAGCUUUAAACCAAGAAAUCUCUAAAAGAUUACACAUCGAAGCAAAAGUCACAAUUUCUGCAUGUGGGUCUCUUUUAACACCAUCUUUAAUGAUAUCCAGCGGUCUCAAAAACCCUAACAUUGGCCGGAAUCUUCACAUGCAUCCCGUUGCAAUGGCAUGGGGAUACUUUCCAGAAAGUGAUGACUCGGAUCUUACUGGCAAAAACCAGGAGGGGGGGAUAUUGACAUCUGUUCAUAAUCCAGGGUCAGAUGAGACGUACAUCUUGGAAGUCCCAGCACUAGGGCCUGGAUCUUUUGCUGCUUUAUGUCCUUGGAUUUCUGGGAAAGACUUAAAGGAAAGAAUGCUGAAAUUCUCACGAACAGCUCAUGUGUUUUCAUUGGUGAGAGACCGUGGAUCUGGAAAAGUGACAUCAGCAGGAAGGAUAAGUUAUAAAUUUAGCAAAUUUGACAAUGCAAGCAUAAAGAAAGGCCUGAGACAGGCGUUAAGGGUGUUGAUUGCAGCAGGGGCUGUUGAAGUGGGUACUCAAAGAAGCGAUGGACAGAGAUUGAAAUGCAAAGGGACAAGUAAAGAGGAGAUCGAGGAGUUCUUGGAGACAGUAGAUGCUGUACCUGGUCCGAUGUCAAUGGUGAAAGAUUGGAAUAUUUAUUGUUCGGCUCAUCAAAUGGGGAGUUGCAGAAUGGGGAAAACCGAGAAGGAAGGUGCAGUGGAUGAGAAUGGGGAGAGCUGGGAAGCAGAGGGACUUUACGUUUGUGAUGGGAGUAUUCUACCGAGUGCUGUUGGUGUCAAUCCCAUGAUCACAAUUCAGUCGACUGCUUAUUGCCUUGCAGAAAGAAUUGCAGACAUUUUCAGAUGA